AUGAACGGUGACAGUUACACUUCCCGGGACGGGCGUCGGGGAGGACGAGAUUAUCCCCCUAGAGGCGACAGAGGUGACAGAGGCGACAGAGUUGAUAGAGAUGAUCGUCGAGACCGACACCGAGGAGACCGGGACCGCAGACGUUCUCGCUCGCCAGACCACCGAAGCCAUCGACGAGGUGAGGGCGAUGCCGAUGCCUACUCUUCCAGCCGAAACCACCGUGAUCGUGAGCGCGAGGAUAGAUACUCGGGCCGCGAGAGACGAGGUGGCGAUCGUGAAUGGGACCGCGACCGAGGGUCUUCCCGUCGAGAUGCCAGGCGCGACGACGACGAACGACCGAGCAGGCGAGAACGAGACCCGUACGACGAUCGCCGCCGUGGAGGAGGCAGGGACCGACGUGAGGAUAGAUUCCCCGCGCCUCAGGAACGUCGAAGCGCAAGCCCGCCGCCAAAGAAGCGAGAGCCAACUCCCGACCUGACAAAUAUCGUGUCUGUCCUCGAGCGCAACCGUCGUCUGACACAGUGGGAUAUCAAGCCCCCAGGCUAUGACAAUGUUACGGCCGAACAGGCUAAGCUCUCGGGCAUGUUUCCUCUUCCUGGUGCUCCUCGACAGCAACCUAUGGACCCCAGCAAGCUCCAGGCUUUUAUGAACCAACCCGGGGGACAGGUCACAAGUGCUGGUCUCAAGGCAAGCAACUCUCGCCAGUCAAAGCGACUUUUGGUUUCCAGAAUUUCUCCUGGCACAAGUGAGGAUGCGCUCAUCGCAUUCUUCAAUCUGCAGCUUAACGGAUUGAACGUGAUCGACACCACAGAUCCCUGUGUCUUGUGCCAAUUCUCCAACGACAGGUCAUUUGCCGUUAUCGAGUUCAAGGACGCCCCUGAGGCUACUGUUGCACUGGCGCUGGACGGCAUUUCCAUGGAGGCCAGCGAUGCUUCGAACGGCGUGGAUGGAGGACACCGUGGUCUUGAGAUUCGCCGGCCUCGUGACUACGUGGUUCCCGCAGUGACCGAGGACGUUGCUUAUGACCCUGAGGUCGUCUCUAACAUCGUUCCGGAUACCGUCAACAAGCUCAGCAUUACCAACAUCCCAUCUUUCUUGACAGAGGAACAGAUCAUCGAACUGCUUGCAAGUUUCGGCAAGCCUAAGGCCUUUGUUCUGGUCAAGGACAGAGGAACUGAAGAAUCCAGAGGUAUUGCUUUUGCCGAGUACCAAGACCCUGCUGUUUCCAACCCCACCGCUCUUGAUACUCUCAACGGUAUGGAUAUUGGAGGUAAGCAGAUUAAGGUCAGCAAGGCCAGCAUCGGUCCAACACAAGUUGCCAACUUCGAUGUUGGUAUUACUGCCAUCAGUGGCCUGGCUUCUCAGACUGCCAAUGAGGUUGAAAGUAGCCGUGUACUUCAGCUUCUCAACAUGGUUACUGCCGAGGAGCUCCUAGACAAUGACGAUUACGAAGAAAUCUGCGAGGAUGUUCGAGAAGAAUGUUCCAAAUAUGGCAAGAUUCUCGACGUCAAGGUUCCCAGGCCAACAGGUGGCAGCAGACAAUCUGCUGGUGUGGGUAAGAUCUUUGUCAAAUACGAGCACACCGAGGAUACAACAAAGGCUCUGCAGGCUCUUGCAGGACGCAAGUUUGCCGACAGAACUGUUGUGACAACAUAUUUCCCAGAGGAGAACUUCGAUGUUGGCGCGUGGUAA